CAUUAGAGCAAGUGGUUUUAAGCUAUGAUGACGUGUUAUGGUUCUAGAUGCUUCACAAAAACCCUCGUCACUAAACCAAAGUCCACUUCUUCCAUCACAUUCUACCUCGCCAGAACUCAAUUCUCUCCCUCCGGUUCUCGCCAUCAGGUUCGUGCAAUGGCCACUGACUCUGAUUCUUCUGCACCAUUCAAGAAAGUCCAGAUUCAGAGAGACAACACGACAUUUGAUGCCUACGUGAUCGGGAAAGACGAUGCUCCCGGGAUUGUUGUGCUUCAAGAAUGGUGGGGUGUCGAUUUUGAGAUCAAGAAUCAUGCUCAGAAGAUCUCUCAGUUCGAUUCCGGUUACAAAGCAUUGAUUCCAGAUUUGUACAGAGGAAAGGUCGGAUUGGAUGUUGCAGAAGCACAGCAUUUGAUGGAUGGUCUUGAUUGGCAAGGUGCUGUGAAGGAUAUCGAAGCCUCGGUCAACUGGCUUAAGGCAAACGGUUCUCAAAAGGUUGGUGUAACUGGAUACUGCAUGGGUGGUGCUCUUGCUAUUGCAAGCUCGGUUCUAGUCCCAACCAUUGAUGCUGUCGUUGCUUUCUAUGGAGUUCCUUCAUCCGAACUUGCCGACCCUGUAAAUGCUAAGGCACCAGUGCAGGCUCACUUCGGUGAACUCGAUAAUUUCGUCGGAUUUUCAGAUGCAAAGACUGGGAAAGCAUUGGAGGAGAAGCUGAAGGAAUCGGGAGUUCCAAAUGAGGUGUACAUUUAUCCGGGAGUUGCGCAUGCGUUUAUGAACAGCUCUCCAGAAGGAGUUGAGAGAAGAAAGAAUAUGGGAAUGAAUGAUGAAGAUGCUGAUGCGGUUGAGCUGGCAUGGACCCGUUUUCGUUCGUGGAUGACCCGUUUCUUGUCCGUGUGAGCUUUUUUAAUACGCUUCUUGUUUUUUAUUCGUUUCUUGCUCUGGAAAUAGCCAUUUUGUGUGAUUCGAUAAUUCUACGUGUGAGCUGGUUUCCGUUUCUUGCUGGUGUUUGUGAAGAUUGAAAUUGUGGACUUAGAUUAUGGAAGUGUUAAAAGAUCAAAUAAAAGAGAGAAGAGAGAAGUGAGAAAUAUUUUGAUUA